UAAUCGGAAGCGGCUCUCGGAUUCCAUGUGGAAAGGUGUGCACGUGUGGAAAUAUUAAUUUAGAGUACGGUAUUCUUGCUAUAAAAUACACUUUCAAAAUGUAAAAAGAUAUAUGACUCGAAAUUAUUAAACCGUUCUGUACGAUUAGAGAACUGCAAAUAUAAAUUCAACAAUGUCAGUUGUGUCAUCCAGAGUAAGCAGCGUAUCAUCGAUCUUAAAAUCUUCAGGAGUUAGAUCACAGCUGAUCCGUAGAUCUAACAAAGUAUAUUUUAAGCUCCCAAAAGAUUUUAGGACUAUUAUUUACAAUUAUGAAAGUGGCAAUGGAACUAAGGAUUAUGAUGAUUUAAUAUGCGUCUUACGUGACUCAUGUAUAAAGGAUUCAGAUUUAGUUGAAUUUUUGGCUAAUGUAAAACAGUGUACAUCAUUACUUGGUCCGGCUCACAAAACACUUUUAGAUACUAUUUUGCAAAUAAAAUGGACGAAUCGUUCUAUGGAAGUAAUAAACGCUUAUAAAGCUUUUCUAGAAAAUUUAAUUUGUAUACAAACUUAUUAUGCUAAAACUGUAAUAGAUAAUUUAGUUGAAUUAUUUAAACCAGAUGAAAAUGAUGAUGCGAAAUGGGAAACUGGAGAAUGUAAAGAAGAGACUCUUCAAAGGUUAAAUCACAUACACGAUGUUUUUCGUAAAACUUUAAUAAUUUUACCAAUGUCAAGCAAACUGCUAUUGCAGUCGCUCAGAGGAAGGUUUCCAUAUAUGGCUCAUGGAACUCAUACACAUGAAGUUUAUGUGUACGCAUUAAUUCAAAUAUUAGAAUAUGCACCUCAAAUGCGUUCUGAUAUUUUGUCUUUAAUUAUUAACAGAUUAGUAGUGCUAGAUGUAAAUAUACCCCAUUCAGAGGUAGAUGAUGAGGAUGAGGAUAUGAUAGACGAUAAUGAAUCUGAUAGCACACUUGGUAAUGAAAAUAACAUUGUUGAAGGAAAGAGUAGGACAGAAACAGAUGAAAUGCAUCCAAUAGCUCAUAAAUUGGAUGUGUGCAUAGAACUGAUUCUAAAAUAUAUGUAUGACUCCUGUUUCACUGAAGGAGUUUUACGAAUAGAAUCUUUAAGAAGCCUUUAUUUUGACUUAUUAAAUAUAUUUGAAACAGUAAUAUUACCUACUCAUGCAAGUCAGUACGUGCAGUAUAUUAUGUUCUAUAUUUGUAGUUUUAAAACAGCUGUUGUGGAGAGUUUUAUAGAUUGGUUAUGGCGUAAAGGAACAGAUCCUAAUGUACCAUCCAUUAUACGGCAAUCAUCCGUUUCAUACAUUGCUAGUUUGGUGGCUACUGCAAAGUUUGUUAGUGCAGGGCUAGUGAAAGCAGUGCAAUUCAAAAUGUCUAAAUGGAUACACGAUUACAUUAAUAUGCAGGAUCAUUUGCAAUAUGCAGACCAUACAAGAAAGGAUCACACUGUAUUUUAUGCCGUUUGCCAAGCAUUAUUUCUAAUAAUUACCAAAAGGCAUAAUGACUAUCAAGAUUCGAAGAAAUAUAUGUUGUAUUUACAAGAAUUGGAUCUAGCAAAAAUUAUAACGUGUAAAUUAAAUCCCUUAAAAUCCUGCCAUUCUGAAAUCGUGCAUAAUUUCGCAGAGUUCACCCGAAUGUAUCAGUUAGCAUAUUGUUAUACGAUAAUUGAAAAUAAUACACGAAAUCAACUUCCAAUAUACAACGAUGACAAAAUAGUAACGACUACAGUAGAAAACUUUUUCCCAUUUAGUAUAUACACGUUAAAGCGUAGUGGACAUAGAAUAAUUCCUUUAUGUCGUGAAAAUAUUACUAGGAAAAGAUACAAAUCUUUCACCGAGUAUAGAGAAGAUGUUGAAUACAUGACUGACUAGUUAGUUUUAUUUUUCAAAUGUAAAUCAUGUGCAUUGUAACGAAUUUGUAAUCAUCUAUCCAUUGGAUUAAAUGUCUAUGAAAUGUUUAAUUAUUUGCUUAUGUGUAGCAAAUCUUUAAGUAUUUUGUAAUUUGUAUAUGAUUUGGAACUAAUAAAUACAAUGAGUCUGCAUAUUUAAUACG